AUGAUGGAGAAGUACUCUACAGACCUGGAGGAACAAGUCAGUGCACGUACCGCAGAGCUGGAGUCGGAGAAACGUAAAAAGGAAUAUCUCAUAGCUCGACUCCUUCCACCUGUGGUGGCUGAAUCACUGAAGUCUGGAAAUUCGGUUGCACCCGAAACCUUCGACGAGGUGUCCAUCUACUUUAGCGACAUUGUCGGAUUCACGACCAUCUCAGCUCUCUCAACUCCACUGCAAGUGGUUGGUCUGCUGAAUGACCUCUACACAAUGUUUGAUGCAACCAUUGAUAACUACGACGUCUACAAAGUGGAAACCAUUGGAGACGCCUACAUGGUUGCCUCGGGGCUGCCCAUACGAAAUGGUAGACGUCACGCCGGAGAAAUAGCCCUGAUGUCCUUGGAUUUGCUCAGUGGCUGCGGCACCUUCAAAAUUCGACAUAUGCCGAACGUGCCCCUUCGACUUCGCAUUGGGCUGCACACAGGUUUGCUAAUAGAUGAUUUCUUCUCCAUUGUCGAGAGAUAUUGA